AUGGCGCGUAACAGCGAAAAAGCCCAAUCGAUGCUCUUCCGUUUCCGGGCCCAACAAGCCGCGGACCUCGGAAUCAUCGACAUCGGGCGCACGCGCCGCCCGAAAGCCAUCACGACCGUUGACUCGAUCCCGAUGUGCGAGAAAUGGCGCGGCCAAGUGCUGAAGGAAAUCUCACGCAAAGUUUCCCGGAUCCAGGAGCUCAGUCUAAGCGAUUACCAGAUCCGCGAUCUGAACGAUGAGAUCAACAAGCUUAUGAAGGAGAAGUGGACGUGGGAGAUGCAGAUUCGGAACCUGGGCGGGCCGAACUAUAUGCGAGGCUCCGGACGGGUGUUUGAUGAUGAUGGGAGGGAGAUACCGGGUGGUGGGAAGGGGUAUCGGUAUUUUGGACGAGCGAGAGAGUUGCCGGGUGUGAAGGAGAUGUUUGAGGCGGCGGCGAGACGCGGGAGGAGGCCGGCCGAGGAAGAGGAUGAAGAAGGUGGAAAGGGGAGAGGUGGUGAGAUUGCGACGAAGAAGGUCGAUGCUAAUUACUUUGGAUAUGGGUUGGAUGAGGAGGAUGGGACGCUUUUGGCGUAUGAGAGGCAGAAGGAGAAGGAGGCUGUUGAGAGAUUGCGCAGGAAGGAUGAGGAUGUUGAGGAUGGGUGGGAGCCGUUGCCUGGUGAUGCUGGCGAUGGGGUUGAGUGGAGGUUGCCUACACUUGAUGAGGUUCAGGAAGAGUUGGUUGAUCGACGGAGGAGGAGGUUGUUGGAUAAGAUCUCAUGA